AAUGCAUCUUUUUCUUUUGCGUCUCAUGUCUUCUAGAAAGGCUUUACUAUUUAAGUCAUUAAGUGGAAGCAAGUGAAAGGCAAAUUUGCAAAACGGAAACAGAAUCCGAAGAAGAAGAAAAAGAAGAAAAAGAAGAAGAAGAUGAGCAGUGGAGCAGGAAAGAUCGUGUGCGUCACCGGUGCGUCCGGCUUCAUAGCUUCAUGGAUCGUCAAGUUUCUUCUCCAGCGCGGUUACACUGUCAGGGCCUCUGUUCGCGACCCAAAUGAUCCCAAAAAAACAAACCACUUACUCGUACUUGAUGGAGCUAAGGAGAGACUUCACCUCUUCAAAGCAAAUCUACUGGAAGAAGGUGCCUUCGAUUCUGCUAUUGAGGGCUGUGAAUGUGUAUUUCAUACUGCAUCUCCCUUCUUUAUUGAUGUUAAGGACCCACAGUCAUUGCUACUUGAACCUGCAGUAAAGGGAACACUUAAUGUUCUUAAUUCGUGUGCAAAGUCUCCAUCUGUGAAGCGGGUAGUUUUGACAUCUUCUGUAGCUGCAGUUUCAUUCAAUGAAAGACCUCAAACCCCUGAUGUGGUUGUUGAUGAGACUUGGUUUUCUGAUCCGGAAUUUGCUAAGAAAGAACAGCAAUGGUAUGUGCUUUCAAAGACAUUGGCUGAAGACACUGCCUGGAAGUUUGCCAAAGAGAAGGGUAUUGACAUGGUUGCAAUUAACCCAGCAAUGGUGAUUGGUCCUCUCUUACAGCCGGCACUAAAUACAAGUGCGGCUGCAAUUUUGAACUUAAUAAAUGGAGCACAGGUGUUUCCUAAUCUAACAUUUGGAUGGGUUGAUGUCAGAGAUGUUGCCAAAGCACAUAUUCAAGCAUAUGAAAUCCCUUCAGCUAGUGGAAGAUAUUGUACGGUCGGGAGAGUUGCACACUGUUCUGAAGUUGUGAGGACUUUAAGUGAGCUUUAUCCCUCUUUACAACUUCCACAGAAGUGUGCAGAUGAUAAGCCGUUUGUGCCAACAUUUCAAGUGUCCAAAGAAAAGGCAAAAAGCUUGGGUAUUGAAUUCACUCCUUUUGAGGUGAGCCUUAAGGAAACCGUUGAAUGCUUGAAGGAAAAGGGCUUUGCCAGUUUUUAAGUUUGGUAGCACGCUCAAGCUCUUUCCAGGCAAUAAACAAAUGCUACUGAGGUGUUUUGAUUGUGGGAGUCUCCAAUAAAAGGAAAUAUUAAUUUUCUGGUAGAAGAACAGAAUGCUUUGCAACCUUUUGAUAGUUUUCAAAACUACUCAUUUUGGUGUGAAUGAUUAAAUAGAAGUGUGAUUUGUGGUGAAUGUAAUAUCACUGAUUGUCUUUAAUCUUGUUAAUUAAUGUUGACUGGUGUUAUUAAUA